AUGCGCUCCUCAUCAUCCUCAUCCAUAACCCUCCUGAAAUCCCCCUCUGUCCUACUCGGCCUCCUGCGUCUUGUGUCGGCUCAGAGCAUUGUUCCGACAUCAUCAACCUCCCAAUUCCCUAGCUGCGCUGUCAAUUGUGCAGUCCUACUCCAGGCGCAAACUGCUUGUGUGCCCCCUUCUGUCCCUGCCACAAACCAGAUCACAUACGAGAAUUGCUUCUGUCAAAGCAGCUUCCUACAAGCGCUGUACAGCACCCCAGACUCCAUCUGCACCGCCGAGUGCACGAGCGAGUCCGACAGGGCACUGCUGCAAACAUGGUUCACAACCUUUUGUCAACAGGUUGGUAGCGGUAUCGACCCGUUAGAGUCCACAACUUCCGCCCUCCAGCCGGGGUCUACAACUGUCGUGACCAUUACGAGUUUUUCUACACCUCCUUCGACAGCUACAAACACAGGGACGGGAAGCGCAUCUGCGUCUGCUCCUUCGCACCAGUCCUGGAUCGAUGGUCAUUGGCAGUGGAUCCUGAUGCUCGGAGUUCUCGUUGUGGGUUUCGCGCUUCUCACUUGGCUUGCGAUUUGGUUCAGACGGCGACAACGUAGAAAGAUUGAGGAACGGAGAGUGGCGGCUUCGGGAUUUCCGCCAGUCGACGACCGCAAAGGAGGAGCUCGUGCGGCAACUCCAGAUAUUUGGGGUCCGCAUCAGCAUAUGCAUUUCACAAACGGUUGGGAAUACCAUAAUGAUCCAGCCAUCAUGGGCGGCGCUUCUUCCAACAAGCGUGACCGAAGAUCCAACAGAAUCUCCUCUCAACAGAAGCACCGGGGGGCCCCUGAAAUGACCGAAAUGAGUGGCGGGAGACCACCCUCAACACGGCAGCACUCAGCAUCCAAAGGCAAAGACAGGGUAACUGAUGAAAUCAUACCAGUUGAACCCGAGUCAGGGAAUGCGGAUAGAAGCCGCAGCAGAAGCGCAAAGCGGAGGGAUCCGGACAGUGAUACGGAAAGACAUCAACUCGACUCGGACCACCAAAGACGUCUUCGCGAGGUCAGGGGAUCACGACGAAAGAAAGACAACCAUACAUAA